AUGGGACUUGGGACUCUGCCAUUGACCCCUUCUUAUAGCAGUUUUUCUCCAAAGUCAGGACUCAUGCAUGACACUACUAAUUGCAGCAGAGUCAAUAGAAGCAUAAAGUUCAGGGUUUCAGCCAAACAAGAGAAGCAAGAAGAGAAUAAGCAAAAACAAUCCUUAUUUAGCAGUGUGACCGAGGCUCUUGAUUUUUCUCAAGUGAGAUCCGCAGAGGAUGCUCAGCUUAUAGAAGAGGCCAGAGAAGCCACAAGAUCCGGAAAAAGGAUGAGCAGGGAACAGUAUGGAGCUCUUAGAAGGAAAAUUGGUGGUACAUACAAGGAUUUUUUCAAAUCUUACGUAGAAGUGGACGGGGCAUAUGUUGAAGAGGGGUGGGUUGACAAAACAUGCAAGGUAUGCAAAAAGGACACCAGAGGGGAGGAAAGGCAAGUGGACAACUUUGGAAGAUAUGCUCAUGUAGCAUGCUUAGAGAAGUCCAAAGCAGGGAACUUCUUUACCAGAUUGUUCUCUUCAUAA